AGAAUUAGAAAUGAGGGAAACAGAGUUCAAAGGGCACGUGGUGGUGCUCCCAUAUCCAAGCCAAGGCCACAUUAACCCUCUUCUCCAAUUUGCUAAGCGUUUAGCUUCCAAAGGUCUCAAGGCAACAUUAGCCACUACCCAUUACACCGUCAAAUCCAUCUGUGCUCCAAAUAUCACCGUUGAACCAAUUUCCGAUGGCUUUGACGAAGCUGGUUUUGCUCAGGCCAAGGACGUGGACCUGUACCUCAAGUCCUUCAAGGCCAACGGCUCAAGCACUCUAUCUCACCUCAUUCAAAAAUUCCAAAACUCUAGUUUUCCUGUCAAUUGUAUUGUGUAUGAUUCUUUUCUGCCUUGGGUUCUUGAUGUCGCCAGGCAACAUGGCAUCUUUGGAGCUCCAUUUUUUACAAAUUCAGCAACUGUGUGUAGCAUUUUCUGUCGAAUACAUUAUGGCUUCCUCACCCUUCCCCUGGAAUUGGAGGAUAAUAAACCUUUGUUGUUACCUGGCCUGCCUCCAUUAUACGACUCUGACUUGCCAACUUUUCUCAGGCUGCCUGAGAGUUACCCAGCUUAUUUGGCUAUGAAAUUGAGUCAGUUUUCUAACUUGGACAUGGCUGACUGGAUUUUUGCAAACACCUUUGAAGGGUUAGAAAGCAAGGAGGCGGGAGGCAUAUCAAAACUUUGGCCCGCGAAGUUGAUCGGUCCGAUGGUUCCAUCAUUCUACUUAGAUGGCCGGAUUGAAGGAGACAAAGGAUAUGGAGCAAGUCUAUGGAAUCCACUUGGGGAAGAGUGUCUGAGAUGGCUAGAAACAAAAGCAGCUCAAUCAGUAGUGUACGUAUCUUUUGGAAGCAUGGUUUCUUUAACAGUAAAACAAAUGGAAGAACUUGCAUGGGGAUUGAAAGAAAGCAAUUUAAACUUCUUAUUGGUUGUGAGAGAAUCAGAAAUGGACAAACUUCCAACUGGGUUCAGUGACUCAAUAAACAACAAGGGUCUAGUAGUGACAUGGUGCGACCAGCUUGAAAUGCUGGCGCACAGAACCAUAGGCUGCUUCGUGACGCACUGUGGGUGGAAUUCAACCCUAGAAGCUCUGAGCCUUGGGGUCCCAAUGGUGUGCAUCCCACAAUGGACAGACCAGGUACCUAAUGCCAAGUUCAUAGAAGAUGUUUGGAAAGUGGGAAUCAGAGCUAAGGAGGAUGAGAAAGGAGUUGUGAGGAAACAAGAAGUGAUUAGGUGUUUGAAGGAAGUAAUGGAAGGAAAAAGAAGCUAUGAGAUUAAGAAGAAUGCGAGACAAUGGAGGCAGAUGGCUAGAAAAACAGUUGGGGAAGAAGGGAGCUCAGAUAAGCAUAUUAAUGAUUUUGUGGAGCAUUUGGAGCUGGCUAAUAAGAAAGGAGAUGCUAAGGCUCUGAAUGGCUAUUAUUAUUAUUAGUGUCAAAUUUCAACUAGAUUUUUCUAUUGGGUUGAGCAUAUUCCAUUUCAUAAAUUAUACUGUGGGUGCCCUGUCGAAAUCUUGUUUUAUGUAUUUCUUUUUUAAUAUAUAUAUAUUAAAAAAAAAAUCUCCCCA